AUGUUUCAGAUGGAACAUUUACACCUAGGGGAGAUCCUAGGAAAAGGCAGCUUUGGGCGUGUCUAUAGAGGCCAACGACACGGCCAAGCUGUGGCGGUAAAAAGGACUAUGUUGACUCACCAAGCCAUCCAGGAAGUCGACAUACUCAGGUCCCUAGAACAUCCAAAUAUACUAUCCCUGCAAGAGGCCAUCAUUGAGGCAGACUACCUUUUUAUGGUGAUGCCUCUGUGCGACGAGGACCUCAAUACCUUCCUGCGUCGAGAGGGUCCGAGAAACCAGCCGUCUCGGUUCUUCCGCGUGAUGCGGCAAUUAGCAGCAGCCGUGACGGAGUGUCAUCGUCGGCAGAUAGUGCACCGAGACAUCAAGCCCGCCAAUAUCUUACGCCGCCGCUGCCGAUUCCUGCUGGCAGAUUUUGGGUUGGUCGAAACGCUUACCACCGCCCAACCCCUGCUCACCGAGCCAGCAGGAACCAUGGUAUAUUGGGCACCGGAACAGCGAAGGCUGGAGCCGUAUGACACGUCUGUCGACCUGUGGGCGUUGGGGUUAGUGGCCGUAGAGGUGGCGACCGGCAUACCGUGCCGUCAGGGUGAGGAGGAACAGCAUUGGGCCUCAUCCCUGGACGAAAAAUACCGGGCGGAGAUGGAACGGUUGAGAUUCCCCGUCCGAUGGUUUAUCGAAGGUUUGCUGCAGGAUAACCCGUCCCACCGGAGACCUGCUGCACACCCAGCCACCCCCACUGAUUCCGGUGUCCACACUGAGGCCAGCACCGCUUCCACCAGCUGCUCCGUUAACGCCACCACCCCAACUGUCACCUGUCCCACAGGAACCGCCAGCACCAGGGAAGACACUGGUUUUACCAUCACGGCUAGCAUCCAAGAUCCAGGCUCAACCGAAUCCCCACUACCGUUAGACGGCUGCAACAUGAGCGACUCAGACUUCCUGGAACGACUUGACGAGUUCCUGGGCUUUGUCGAUCCAUUCAAAGACCAGGAACCGGAAUCUCCUCCUCGUCCCGUGCCGUUGCCGCUGGGAGGACUCAAAGCAUUUGGUCGCCCCAAACCGAACACCUCCACAGCUGUCACUGACCGUUCCCCAUCACCGUCCAGGAAGCAGGAACCACAACAGGCGGCUGUUCGAACUCAAAGGCAGAGUGCGAUAGAGAUAGACAUCCCAGCUGAAAAGAGAAACACUUGUAAGCAAGAUAAACGUUAUUUUAUAAACACGGAGAAGAUUUCCAAACAAACGAAUAGCCAUCAACCGGAUAAUCGUCAACAUGAAAUCCAUCGACAUAAUAUCCGUCCAGCUCAAGUAACAACCAAGAAAGACUUGCCAGCCAGAGUACGUACAGUUGGCACAAUGGGACCCAAUGUUUACUUGGAGCUUCGACCUGAUAUGUGUUGGAGAUGUGGCCAGGGGGAGCACAGUAGAACCCACUGCACCGGUAAUUCGAUUCUCUUCUGCAGCAGUUGCGGCCUGCUGGGUACACUAACUAGAAAUUGUCCUUGUCAUUCUCAUCACCGUCAAAGAGAGGCUGCCGUCCAGUGUGAUAUCCCCAGCGCAUCCACCCAAUCUGAACCACCCCGAAAGAAGUUGAACAGGUUCCGCAUGCCAGCCAGUAGGGAAUUAGCCCUCCGUGCCUGUCCAAGAUGUCGAGAACUCCGUGAAGCCAAGGACAAUAGCAAGGAGAAAUCACAUAAAUCUGAAGCCCGACGGAAACCAAUUCUGAAUUAG